AUGGAGGAUUCGCCUGACAUAUCAUGGGGCUGCAAUAUAGAUUCAGUCGAAAACGCCACUUCUCUUCAGAGAUGGCUAACCAAUUCAGGCUUCCCGCCGAAGAAAAUGGCUGUCGACUCUGUCGACAUCAGAGAGAGGGAGGAAUGUGCUCAACUUACUUCUCAGUGCGCUCAUCUACAAGUCCGAACGAUGGCUCUUGCCAAGGAGCUGGCAUCGCUUAAAUUGGUUUCCGACAUAAGCUUGGAGGAAGUUGAUGUGCUGAAGCUUGCCUUUUUUGAGAAUAACGCAAAAGACAAAAGAUACAAUAGACACACCAGAUAUAGUUGGCCAAAUCCGUUCAAGACUCUUAACAUAAACAACUCUGUUCAAGGCUCUGACAUAAACAACUCUGCUGCAACAACCCGAUUAUGCAUGAAAGGUCACGUGACUAACAACAUUGCCAACAUCGUUUACAGAAAAGCCUUCAAUGGCCUCCCACAAUCACUGAAUCAUCAAAUGGGAUCCACUGAACUACAAGACACAGAUUUGUUUAGCUCUUUUUCUGAGAACUUACACUCAACGUUCUUCACUCCAACCACAAGCUCAUUCGAUUAUUUUCUCUUUUAUUCAAUCUCAUAUUCCUUAUUAAAUUUUCUUUUUUUUAUUCUUUUUGAUUCAGUCUUGUGGUGGAGACAACCUAUUAUGAUUCCUUUUCAAUCAAAAGAAGCUUUAAUCGAUGAGCAGAUCCGAUAUGUUCAGGCAAACGUGAGUUCACGUUUUUUUAGUUGA